AUGUACAACUUUGCAGCGCUCGCGAUCGAUACGCCCGACCGCCACAAGCCCAUGCAGGCAUAUCAAGAUCUGCCGGCGGAGUACAAGGACAAGCUCGGUCUGUUCUUCAGCCGGAAGCCCUUGUCGCAAAAGGAGAUUGACAGUAUAUUCGGCGAAGGUCUAUUGGAAGAGGACGGAAACCAGUUGCUGCGGAUACUUCACGGGCGACGAGUGGCAGGUACUCUGGAAGACCCGGCCUUCUCUAUUCACACAGCGCGGUUCUCGAAGCAACAGAUCCAGAGAGGGUUGGAGUAUUUGCGGAGACACAUCAAGGUCGAUGAGGUCUUGAAUGCUGGCCUGCGCGCCGAGGAUGAGCUGAGUCAACUCGAAGGAACCCCAGCCGAGGAACCAACGGUCAAGACUGGGGCGGACGCCCUCGGCCCAGAAGUCAAGCCGGACCCAUCACCCAGUACUCAGGCGAAUGCAGGGGACACCAAAGAGGUCAAACAAGACGUACCCGUGCCAGAAGUCAAGCCGGACCCUGUAUACGGACUCAGCGUCUUCGACCAGAUCCGGGCUCGUAACCAGGCCAAGGAAAAAGUGAGGCUCGCGAGGAUUGAAGAGGAGAAGCAACGUGCCAUAGCCGAAGGCCGACGGUUACCAGACGAUGACGACCCGCGAGCGCGGUCUCUUGUUGAGGUGGACGAGGGCCAGCGCGCCAUCACAAACCCGAAAAUUGCUAAGUACCAUCGCGAGGCAAUGGGUACGGAGACAGAAGCGCCCGAGAUGUCAGUAUGGCAGCGCACUAUGCCCUCCAUCUUUUUCUACGUCCUUACCAUUGGGUUCCUGGCGUCGUUGACCAUGGUGUACACCGAGCCAGAAGACAAAUAUCGACUCUGUCCCGAGAUCUCGCCGGCCGUUGCGACGAUUGCUACCAUAGUUGCCAUCAAUUCGAUGGUCAUGCUCUUGUGGCGGAUUCCGCAGAUGUGGAAGUGGAUGAAUCGCUACAUGAUUCUGGUAGUUGGGAAGCCACGGCCAAUCACUAUCUUCACUGCCAACUUCUCACACCAAAUGGUCAGCCAUUUUCUCCUGAACAUGGCUGUCUUUUCGCUCAUAGGUGUGCAUCUGCACGAGGACCUGGGCCGCAUGGGCUUCAUCGCUCUGCUGAUGGCCGCCGGUGGAGGUGGCUUCCUCGGUGCCUUGAUAGGGUACUCGUACAAGGGCAUGCUCGGUGUCACAUCGCUGGGCGCCUCCGCUUCUACCGUUGGCAUCGGUGCAGCCUACUUCUGGGAUCAUCGCAACGAUAGAUUCCGCAUAUGGGGUAUGCCGCAAGACGGCGUGCACGGCAUUGUGUGGUGGGCACUUGGCGUGAGUCUGUUCACCUUAGAACUGUUCAAUUCGUUCGCCAAGGAGAGCAAGUCGGACACCAUCGGUCACUGGGCAGGCCUGGUCAUUGGCAUGUGCGCCAUCGAACUCAUGAACAUGGCCGGGCUGGGGAGGAAAAAGGGUGACAGACCAGAGGUGGGGAAUGGACCCGGAACAGAGCUGGUCAAGGACAUUCUGUCUGGCGAGGAGAAGCCCGCGCGCAAGUAG